UGCGGUGAUCGGCGGUGCGCUGUGUCCCUUGGACACAGCGGAUCACAAAUCAACAGAAAGAGCCGCAGAUGUCGGCUCAGUCAUGUGACCAGCUGUGUCCAAUCACAUGGCACUGAUGAUCAGUGUGCCCUGAUGAUCAGUGUGGGCCCCAGAAGUGCCAACUGUCAGUGUCCAUCAGUGCAGCUGUCAGUGUUCAUCAAUGCCACCUGCCAGUGCCCAUCAGUGCCUCAUCAAUGCCACAUAUCAGUGCCUACCAGUGCACAUCAAUGCCACAUAUCAGUGCCCAUCUGAGCUUCCUUUCAGUGUCACCUAUCAAUGCCAGUCAGUGCCGCCUAUCAGUGGUGCCAAUCAGUGCCAUAUAUGAGUGCUGCCUUUCAGUGCCCAUCAGUGA